UGUUUAUAGUUCUUGUUUUUUCCAUUUACCGGGCUUUUGCAGUUUGGGUUAAAUAUAGAAGAAUAACUACUAGAUCUUUUUAAAAUUGUUAACUGCUUAUUAAUCCUGAUUUAUAUAUUAAGUCGUACAUAUUAUAUACAUAUAGUCGUACAUCAAAAUGGGAGAUCAUGAUGACUUUGAAGAUAGCCAAUUCCCUGAUAACGACGAGUUUGUACCAUACGUAACGGCCGGUAACCUAGCACAAAGAAAUGGAACAAAAGUUACCGUCUGGGGUAAAGUUACUAAAGUAUCUGCAAGUGAAGGUUUCCAUGUAAAAACUGUUGAUGACCAAGAAGUUCUCAUAAGAUUAAAAAAGCCUCAAAACGAACCACUCGAAGGGUGGUACGAAAUUCACGGAGUGUCGCAAGGAAAAAGUAUACUAUGUGAUGAUUACGUGCCUUUUUCGGAGGAAAUGACUAAGAAUAUUGAUACUGAAAGUCAAAAAGCUCUAGCAAAGCUACUUGCUGCUUUAGACGAUCCUUGGAAUCUUGGCGAUGAUGGAUCUAGUGGCUUACAAGGUGUUACAGCGAUGGAGUAAAUCAUAAGUAAUUUUAUAGGUUUAAUAUUAUUAAGGGUCUAUUCAAAAUAAAUUUUUCUUUGGUUUAAUCUUU